AUGAGUGCAACAGCUGUUGUAGGUAUUGUUGCUGCAAUAUGUACUGCACUGUCUUCCAUCCUGGGUGCGUGGAUUCCUGCAACAUAUGCUGUGUACAAAACCAAUACCAACCUAUUGUAUAUACUCUUCUACUUUGUACUUAUAUUAAUAGCUCAAUUGGCCGUGAUCAUUCUUUUGUGCUGGAUAAUGUCACAAGCAUACUGUCGAUUAGUCGAAAUAGGUUCGUCUGAGCCCUAUUCUUCCUCGAAAGUUGUUCUGUCAAUCGUCGCAAUGGUGUUACUACUGAUAUCUUUUAAACCAAUAAUCGCUUUUUCUACUAAUUUGCCAUAUAGCACAAUGGCUGCCGUACUUUAUCUUAGUGGUAAUCAGCAAGCGGUAAAUAUAUUUUACAAUGCAGUUGAUGCUCAACAAGAGUACGCAAUUGAGUACUUCUUUACUUUAAACACAGCGCUCUCACCCUCAGGCUAUGAUCGGUAUGUGUAUACUGUGUCUCAAGUAAAGAAGAGGCCGCAAUUGCAUAACCGGAGAUAUUAUGGUUAA